AAUGCAAUAUUAAGACUCAAGAAGAGUGAUUAAUCCUAAUUAUUAAGAUUAACCAAAAUAAGUAAGACCAAGAUCUAUUUCAAAUACUACAAAGUUAUUGGUUUGGGACCCUCAAUAAAUUAAUUCAAAAACAGAUAUCACAACAAAUUACUAAACUACUAGUAGUGAAGUAAGGCAUGCUAAGCAAAAUUAAAGGAAUGUAUCCUCUAUUUUAGGUGGAGAUAAUUUUGCUAAAAUUAUAAAUUAAAGACCAUACUAUGAUUUUAAUGAAAUUAUCAAAAACUAACAUGUAGUACAAUCUACUAAAGAAAAAAUAAUUAAUCCUAAUAAACUAAUCUUACAAGAUGACAAUCAAAUUCUCUCUUCAAAAGAAUCAAAGUCUUAGGGGAGGCAAUCUAUUAAAUAAAUUAAUUUCUCAAAAGGAGAAAAAGAAAAUUAUUCCAAAAAUCAAUAAGAAUUAAUACGAUUAAAUAAAACAGAGAAUGUUAAAACUAGACCCAAAGGAUAGAAUGAAUAACAUAUUUCUGAAUUGAAAAGACGAAUGAUGAAUUAUCCUUAAAAAUCAUAGAGUCCAUCAUAAUGCAAUAAUAAUACUAAACCAUGCAUUUAAAUGGAAGACAACAAUAUAACUAUUAUUUCUAUGUAAUUGAAAGAUAUAAAGGAUGAUGUAUAAACUUAAGAGAUAAAAUAGUUAUGUCAGAAUAUAGGCUAUCAUAUGGUCAAAUUUGAAAAAGAAUAUGAUAAAAUUAAUCAUAAAUAAAAUGGAUUAGGUUCAAUAUAAAUUAGAGGUGUUAAUACUGAUUAAAAGCUAGCUACUUUUUAAAGAUCAUUAAGUAGAAAAGGAAUUAAUAUUGGAGAAUAAAAUCAAAAACUAAGAGAUUUUGUUUCUAAUAAAUAUCUUCUCAAAAGUAAAGAACAUUCUUAGGCAGAUAAUUUAUAAUCCCAUAAUUAGGAAGAAAAACUUUUAAAUAAUUUUAAAAAAUUCCAAAGUAGAUAAAAAGGGGUAUUCGUGUGA